AUGCAAAGGCAGAGCAGGGCUCCGCGACGCGAUGCAACACAAAACAAUAGGGUCGUAUUCGAGCGGCUGUGGAGGGGCACGUUCCAAGCUGUACUGGCGGGGCCGGCGCGGCGCGCGCGGGCCUCCUCGCACGAGCCCACCUCAGACGUGGCGCUCCCGAGCCUGGUCCCGCGGCCCGCGCCUCCCGACGCGCUCGCGCCCGCGCUGCGCACCAUCCUCGAGGGGCUCCGCAACUCGUGCUGCUGCCGCUGUAACUGUAACGCGACAGAUCGCAACUUUAACGACAAUUUGCAGGUCUGUCUCUCCAACGAUGAGGAGAGGAAGUCCAUGCGAUCCGUCAUAAGCGUUCGCGAGACGCACGCAGUGGCCGAAGCUCAGCAGGAGAAGAACGCUCGGUUGCGUGACGCGUUUGGUAUCUCGCCGCGGUUCGUGGAGGGCUCCAGCUUGGACCCCGAGCGGCGCGCGCGGGAACACGCACAGCGCUACCCACUCGUGCGCACGCCCAGCCACGAGCGCGACGAGAGAGACCCUCAUCCACCCAAGAGGAAGAAAAAGAGAAGUACAUCACCAGAUGCGAAGAAACUGAAGAAGAAAAAGUCAAAGAAAAAUAAAAAGGAGAAACAAGAAGCAAGCAAGAAAAAGAAGAAGCGAUCCAAGUCGCCGCCCGAGUCGGACAGCUCGAGCAGCUCGGAGGGGGGACCGGACAGCGACACCGCCUCCUCGGACGAUGAACGACACAAAAAGAAAAAGAAGAGUAUGUUUUACAUCGGUAGUGUCCGAGCUGGUCGUACUCGCGAGAAUGUUCCGUUCCACUAG